CAGCAAAUGUCCAACAGCAGCUCCAUCACCCAGUUCCUCCUCCUGGCAUUCGCAGACACACAGGAGCUGCAGCUCUUGCACUUCUGGCUCUUCCUGGGCAUCUACCUGGCUGCCCUCCUGGGCAACGGCCUCAUCAUCACUGCCAUCGCCUGUGACCACCGCCUCCACACCCCCAUGUACUUCUUCCUCCUCAACCUUGCCAUUCUUGACCUUGGCUCUAUCUCUACCACUGUCCCCAAAACAAUGGCCAAUUCCCUGUGGGACACGAGGGCCAUCUCCUACUGGGGAUGUGCUGCACAGCUGUUUCUGAUUACAUUCUUAAUGUCAGCAGAGUUUUAUCUUCUGACAGUCAUGGCCUAUGACCGCUACGUUGCCAUCUGCAAACCCCUGCACUACGGGACCCUCCUGAGCAGCAGAGCUUGUGUCCACAUGGCAGCAGCUGUCUGGGCAAAUGUUUCUCUCUACGCUUUACUGCACACGGCCAAUACAUUUUCCCUGCCCCUCUGCCAGGGCAAUGUCCUGGACCAGUUCUUCUGUGAAAUCCCCCAGAUCCUCAAGCUCUCCUGCUCAGAUACGUACCUCAGGGAAGUUGGGCUUCUUAUCUUAAGUUGUAUUUUAGCUUUUGUUUGUUUUGUUUUCAUCAUGCUGUCCUAUGUGCAGAUCUUCAGGGCCGUGCUGAGGGUCCCCUCUGAGCAGAGACGGCACAAAGCCUUUUCCACGUGCCUCCCUCACCUGGCCGUGGUGUCCUUGUUUCUCAGCACUGUCAUGUUUGCCUACCUGAAGCCCCCCUCCAUCUCCUCCUCAGUCCUGGAUCUGGUGGUGGCAGUGCUGUACUCAGUGGUGCCUCCAGCAGUGAACCCCCUCAUCUAUAGCAUGAGGAACCAGCAGCUCAAGGAUGCCAUUAGGAGUCUGAUUUCAUGGACAUUUGUCAAGAGUUUGAGGAACUGCAAACUGCACCCCUACAGAUGUAGGACUGGAUUUAGGAGUCACCAGUUCCUGUUUGGUGACAGGGAUAAUG